AUGAAUUCUUCAGCCAAAUCUCCUACAACCAAGCUAUGCUUCGUGACUGUGGGAGCGACAGCCUCCUUCCAUGGACUCCUUCAGCAAGUCCUUGAUCUGCACUUUCUGGCCACACUGAGCCAAUUUGGCUAUACCCAUCUGCUUAUUCAAUAUGGAAGGGAUGGACGCUCAGUUUUUGAAACCUUCCUGGCCAACAAUCCCAGCGAGCGACAUGGCAUCAUAGUCGAGGGCUUCGAUUUCAACACAGCGGGGUUGACCAAAGAAAUGUACAGAACAAGGGCCGACCAUGAACGAGGGACUGGGCUAGUUGUCAGUCAUGCCGGCACUGGGACUAUCCUGGAAGCCUUGCGAUUAGGUGUGCGACUCGUCGUUGUCCCCAAUCCCGAUCUUGCCGACAAUCACCAGGAGGAGCUGGCAACUGUUCUGGACAAGCAGAACUAUGUGAUCCGUAGUUCUGUCCAGAAUGUGGCCAAGGCAAUUGCCCGAGCAGAGUCCAAGAAGUACCGGUCGGCAGGUCCAUCUUCUCAGGAGGCAGCCUACACAUCUGCUGCCCUCAAGGAUCAACUGGGAUUCCUGGACUGA